AUGGCUUGCUCACGUAAACUUGCAGCAAUCUGGCUGUUCUUCCAGCUAGCGGUGGCAGAGAAAGUUGCGCAGAUCGAGCAGGUGUCAAUCGGCAAGUUUCGAGAUGGUUCGGCAUUGGAGCGUUCUGCUCAAGUGGAGGCUCUGCGCAGAGCCUUUGCCCAGCAAGGCAUGGUCACUCUGGUCGACACAGGGAUUGAACACGAGACGAUUGAGAAGACCAUCACGAAGAGCCGGGACUUCUUCGCUCUGCCUCGUUCCAGGAAAGAGCACUUCAAUGGCCCUUCCGGAUAUCCGCCGCGGUCCUUUGGAGCAAUCACCUCGCCUCGCGGAAAGCACUACCACCUCCAGCAAGAGGACGAAGAAGGCAACAUUCUAAACGAAUGGCUCCAGAUGCGGAACACAUCGGUUCAGGUAGAUUGGUCCGACCCGUACUAUGCCUCUCCUGAGGGGCAAGAGUUCUACAGCUCAGAAGCCAAGCACCCGGAGCAACUCGAGUGGCCUGCGGAGGUUCCCGGUUUGCAAGAAGCGACUGCCGCAUACUAUGGGGCUAUGGAAGAGCUCUCCAAAGUCAUGUAUGAGCUUUUUGCUGUGGCCCUGGAACUCGAGCCGGACUUCUUCUUGAAGCGAGCUCGACGGUCGCCAAUCUGGCCCGUCACUAUCGCUCAUUACCCUCCUCAGAAGCGUGCACCUUCAGAUGACCGUGCCCGCAUUCAGCCACACUGGGAUCGAACGCUUUUCGCCAUGAUCACAACGAGCGACGUUGGUGAUGAGGAGUCUGGCGGAGGAUUGCAAAUUCUUGUCGACUCCGCAACGGGUGAGGGUGUCGAUGGGCGUGCCAAGCUUGAGGGAAGGUCAGUGGAAUGGCAAAAUGUAGUGCGGCCACCCGGUGGCUACGUUGUCAAUGUUGGUGAGAUGAUGAGUCGAUGGUCAAAUGGCCGCAUGAGACAUGUUGUGCAUCGUGUUCGCAAUCCCGUCGUAAAUCACACUGAUCCAGGAAGGGUUUCUCUCAUGGCCUAUGUCUUGACUGACUAUGAUACUCCGGUUGAAUGUUUACACUGCCGCUCCGAUGGGUCUGAGCCCAUUUACGAACCCACCUGGGUCGGGGAGUUGAUGAACUGGGGUAGCAAACUUCCCAUCUACAACCAGACGAAACAGGACAUGAUGCGCCAGGCACAGGGGCUCUACCUCUCGAACGGCACGCAAACAGCGCUGGGCGAGCCAACUGACAUCACCGAUGCGGCACUGGAGCUGGCUAUGACUCCAUGA